CAGCCGUGGCCAGAGUGAGAGCGCUAAGCUGAAGCAACAGAACGACGCGAGACCCAAGUCCACGUAGCGAAUGAGAAGGAGCCCUCAAAAUGGCGAUGCUAACAAUGAUAGCCCGAGUCAUCGAUGGCCUGCCACUGGUGGGCACCAUGCAGGAUGACGAGCAGAGCGGACGAAGCAUUUUGGACUAUCAGAACCAGGCGAAGAUGCUCUUCCGCAAGCUGGGCACACACUCGCCGGCCAGGAGCAGCAUCGAGACGGGACCGUAUCUAUUCCACUAUCUAAUCGAGAAUGACGUUUGCUACUUGGUCAUGGUCGAUAAAAUGUAUUCCAAGCGACUGGCGUUCAACUACCUGGAGGACCUUGCCCAGGAGUUCCACACCCACUACGGGCGGAGGGUGAACUCGGUGACCCGGCCCUAUGCCUUCAUCGAGUUCGAUGUGUACAUUCAGAAGGCGAAAAGGCAGUUGACGGACCGCAGGCGCAACAUCACCAACAUUAACACACAGCUCCAGGACGUGCAGCGCAUUAUGGUGCAGAACAUCGACGACGUGCUACAACGUGGCACGGUCUUGGCGGACCUCGACACAAAGACCCAGAACCUGUCGCUGAUGUCGCAAAAAUAUAAGAAGGAUGCCAAAUUGCUCAACCGCAAGUCGCUGGUCAUGAAGGUGGCGGCUGUCGGCGUCGUUUUCUUCAUCAUUUUCCUCUACUUCUGGGUUUUGUAAUAUUCGUUAGUUCCCCCGCCCACCCCCACUCUCUGUUUGUGUUUAGUUUUAGAAUCAGUUGUCAGUUGGAUGCCGAAAUUGG